CUCAAGACAAACCUAAACAGUUAACGGCUUCUUCCGGGCCACACUAGCAACUCCGCGCCCGGGCUUCGCCCGCGGCUUACGCCAUCAUCCCUCAGCUCACCUCAACGCGCAGCCUCUUUUUUCUACCCAACUAUCAACCUUAGGCAAAAUGACUGGCACCAAUAGAAAGCUUGAGGGCCGCCAGGAGGCUGUCCUGCGGCAGAUGAAGGGGCUGGGCCUUCGCAGGCAGUCCAGGUCCUAUGCAACCAACCUUUAUGAUAUCGACUCAACUUCUCAGCUUACAAUCGCCUCGGACGCUCCCUUCGAGGACACCACAGAAUAUGGGGAAUCCACCGUUUUGCCGUCGGUCGACUGCGGCGAGUACAGCGACGCCUCCUAUUCGGAGCCAAAUGAUGAGAGCGUGUCUCCAUCUACUAGCUUCUCUUCGGGGUCCCCGCGCGCCGCCUUCCAAAGCCCCGCGGGUUUGAGCAGCGAAGAUUUCGAGUUCCUCCAGGCGCACGGACUCGAGCGGUGCAGCCCGCUGAAGGACCUGGGACAGGGUGGCUUUGGGAAUGUGGACCUUGUGCAGAUUUCUCUGCCCAGCGGCCGCAACUUCGUCGCCGCGAGGAAGAUUAUCCACUCGCCACUUUACGCACAGGCUCGUUACGAGCGUGAGCUGCGUGGCCUGGUGCUCUGUGCUGAGUGCCCCUUCGUGGUGGACGUUUACACGUCGCGCGUUACUGAAGAUGGCCAGUUCGAGUUCCUCCUCGAGUAUGCACCCAACGGCACGCUCCAUGACAUGCUCAAAGCGAUGGAGCAGCGUCGCCGCGGCAAGGACAAGCUCCUUAUGCCCGUGAACCGCAUUCAAUACUACACAGCUUGCAUCCUCGUGGGCUUGCAGUUCAUCCAUAAGCGGGGUCAGGCGCACCGUGACGUCAAGCCGGGCAACGUGCUCAUGGCUGCCAACGGCCGCCCCAUGCUCGCCGACACGGACAGCAUGGACAGCGUCACGGUCACCAAGCGUGCGGGCACCACCAGCUACCAGGCACCGGAGCUCUGGCGCGCUUCGCUGCAGGGCCCGGGCUACACCGCCGAUAAGGCGGACAUGUACGCCAUGGGCAUCACGCUUGCAGAGAUGACCGCUUACCCAGCCGGCGGUAACGGUAAGCUGCAGCAGCUGAAGGAUGACCCUGUCGGAAACACGCCAGCCUACGUGCCAGCUGACCUGAAGGACCUGAUCUGCGGGCUUCUGGCGCCGGCGGGCAAGCGGUUGACUGUGGAGCAGGCAAUCAGCCAUAAGUUCUUCGAGGGUGUGGACUGGGAGGGUCUGAAGGAUGGCCCGCUGGGCAUCAAUGUUCAGCUGCGCCAGGCCCCGUGAUUGCGAGGCGUUGCAGUGUGGGGUGUUUUAUCCAAUAUGCAUAUUGCGACCAGUGAUGGCUGCAACUUGGUUAUGCUGCCGUCAUAAAUGAUGGAUGACGCUGACCUUGAAAGCUAUGCCUAUUGCCUUGGUGUUGUGCCGUAUUUUUUCAGCGUGUGGGUGGGUGUUGUGCGUAUUUCAGGACUUGUGCCCUCGCGCUAACUGCGUGCAGGUAUUGUUUCCCCCAAAAGUGACUUUAGUUACGAGUAGCCUGAGUGUGCAUGUUUGUGAUUCAAGAGCGCUUCUUUGAGAGAGCAUAUUCGGUUAUCGCACUGAUGGUCCGCAACUUCACCUCGUCCAGAACCUUCGCCUUCUCCCGUUGACGAGCACUGCUUCUCACCUGGCUUCAGGGCAGGUUGGGAUGACCUUGCGUGGGUUUUCAGGGGUGUGUCUGCGUUUACAACAUGGGUAUGUUUCCGAGAUGGGCGG